AUGGAGGAUUUAUUCUUAACUAUUUACAGAAACAAAUAUUUGAGAGAAAAAAUCUUCAAAUUUAUAAAAUUACAUAAUAAAAAUUUGAAAUAUAUAAGAUAUAAUUUUUAUGAUGUACCAAUUGAAUUAAUUAUAAAAACAAGAAACCAACAACUAUUAAUAGAAAAAUUAAAUUAUCAUUCAAAAUAUAAUAAUAAUAAUAAUAAUAAUAAUAAUAAUAAUAAUAAUAAUAAUGAAAAUGAAAAUCAAAAUGAAAAUGGUUAUAAUAAUUAUAAUUAUAAUAAUUAUAAUUAUAAUAAUAAUAAUGAAUUUUAUAAAUAUUAUUUAAUUUAUAAAGAAUCUGAUUUAAAUUUAUUUUUAGAAUGGAAAGAAUUAGAUUUACAAAUUUUUAAAAAUUAUAUUAAAACAGUUAUUAAAUCAAUUGAUCAAUUAUUUAGUAUUAGAAACUAUAAUCAAUUAAUUUUAAAAUUAAAUAAAGGUGAUAUUAAUAUGGAAUUUUUAAAUUACUUAUUGGGUGAUGAUUUUUUAAAAGAUUUACAACAAAGAUUUUCGCAAUCAAUAAAUUUAAAUAAUAUAUCACCAAUAAAAUUAAAACUAUAUUACACAUAUCAUGAAGAAUUAAAUGAUUAUAAAUUUAAUGAUGAGAUGGAUCUAAUUAAUCCUACUCUCUCUUUAGAAUUAUUUAAUUAUUUAUUUAAAAAUUCAGAUUCAAAAAAAAGAAUUAUACUUUCAAAUUCAAUGAUUAUUGAACAACUUACAAGACAUGUUAAUAGUAUUGAUUUUGAACAACAACAAAAACAACAAAAAUUGUUAACAGAAGAACAAUUUCAACAACAUCAACAAAUUAAUAGGGAAUAUUUAAAUUUAAUGGAUGAUCAAGUAUUUAAAGGUGAUCAACUUUGUGAAAUUUCAUUAUUAGUUAAUAAACUUAUUGAAAAGAAUAAUUUAGAGAUUUUAAAACUAAUUUUAUCAAAAUUAAACAUUGAUAAUAGAAAAUCAUAUAAUGGAGAUUCAGAAUUAAUAGAAAUAUUUGGAUUUUUAAUUGAAUCAAAUAAAAUUUUAAAACUUGAUAUUAAUAUUAACUCAUUUAAUAAUAAUGAUGUAAUGCUUCCAUUAUUUAAAUGCUUAGUUGAAAAUAGUUUAAUAUUCAUUGGUAAAUCUAAAACUAUAAUUGAUGGAGCAGAUUAUUCAGAUUAUGUUAUAGAAAGAUUUAAAAAACUUAAUAUUACAUUAAAUACAAAUCAAGAUAUAUCAUUUACUUAUAGAUGUAUUAGAGAUCUCAGUGGUAGUGUUGGUGAUGGUGAUGAAGAUAAUCAAGUAUUAUUAUCAGAAAAUAAUUUAAUAUUAUUACAAUCAAAUUUACUUUCAAAAGAUCAUUUUAAAUGUAAAUUUAUGAAUAAACAAUUAGAUUUCUUUUCAAUUUAUUUGAAAAAGUUUGGAUUUACAAUUCAGAAAUUAUUAAGUGCAAUUGAAUUGGGUCAAGAUAAUAUUGUGGAAUUUAUAAUUAAAAAUCAAGAUUAUUCUGAUAAAAUAGCAUCAAAUAUUGGUGGUUUAAAUAAUUUAUAUAUUAUAUUAAUUUCAAAAUCAUUACCAACUGAUAAGAAUCCAAAUGGUUAUCCAUUAUUAUUUAAUUUAAUAUUACCACUUUUAAAUAAAGCAAUUCAAGUUAGACAUAACGAAAUUGAACCAGAGAUUGUUUUAAGUAAAUUAUAUUCUAAAUUGAAUGAUAAUUCAUUACCAAUUAAUUUAGAAAUUAGAAGACUUUAUUUCUCAUGGAAAUCAGAAAUUAUUGAAUUACCUCAAAUGAUUAGUCAAUUCUUUUGUGAAAAUUAUUUUUAUGACCCAAUUUCAACUGAAGAAGACUCAAAUGAAAUUAUUAAUUGCUUAAAAAAAUCAUCUGAAAAUUUAAAUCCAAUUUUAUUAGGUAGAUUAAUGUUAAAUUGUUUAAAAGGUGGUGAUUUUAAAUCAAUUAAAAAAUAUUGUAAACUUUAUAAAUUAAAUUUAAAAUUAAAUAAUCAAUAUAAAAUCAUUUAUGAUAUUCCAAUACAAUUAUUUUCAAAUUUAAAAUUAUUAUUUUAUUUUCUUUCAGAAUUAACAAAUGAUAUUGUUUUAAUUUGGCCACCAUAUAUUAAUCCUUAUUCAAGUAAUAUCAAUAAUUUAUUAAUUCAAAUUUCAAAAGAAGUUGUAUCAUCUUGGGAUAAUCAAUAUAUUGAAUUCAUUAUAAAUUUAAAAGAAUUUUUCAAUUCUUUUAAAUAUGAAUCACCAAUUGAAACAACAACAAUAACAACAACAAUAACAACAACAACAGAAACCUCUUUGGAUGAUGGUGAUAAAAUAUCUGAUCGUUUUUUAAUUUUAUUUCAAAUUAAACUUUUAUCAUUAAUUAAAAGUAAACUCAAAGGAAAUGAAUUAAUAUCAAGAUUUGAUCUAUCCCAUCAUCCUGAUAAUAAAAAAAUUAUUCAAAAUUUAUUUGAUUCAAAAAAUGACGAUCAAUAUAAAAUUUUAAAUUCAUUUGAUAUCAGUCAAGAUCAAUUUCGUCAUUUAUUAGAUUUUGGUAAAUUAUUAUUAAAAAACUAUGAUAAAAAUAAUAUCAAUAGUGGUAAAGGUGGAUUAUUAAAAAAUUUUAAAAAUAUUUUUAAUUUUGGUAAAUAA